UAAAUGCCAUAGACAAAAUGGAUAUGGACGCAGACCUAACAACCAAGGCGAUUGCCGAGCUGAUGCGCGAAAUCGAAGGUCCGAUGUCUAGUGUCAGCCACAAAAAACAAAUCGAACGCAAAGUGAAUCCUUUGGGCAAACCAAACAAACGCUUCCUCGGUCGCACUAUUAACACUGCGAUUCGGCAUAAUGAUAGGGAAAUGGAGCGCACGCAGGCAAAUUGCCGGCAGAAGCUGCAGGAUCUGGAUGAUGUAUACGAAAGGAGAAAGUCCAACUACUUUUACAGCCGCGAUGCACCCAGAAAUCGAAGUGCAAACAGAAGCAGAAGUUCCAGCAGCAGGCGUAGCAGAAGUCGCCACAAAAAGUCCAAGAAGAAGCGCAGCCGAAGAAGGAGUAGCAGCAGCAGGAGUUCGAGCAGCAGUCGAGGCCGGAAUAGCUCACAUCGGCGGAAAAAGCACAAAAAGAAGGUCAAGAAGCACAAAAAAUCACAAAGAAGACGAAGGAGCAGCAGCGAAUGCGAUCGGGAACUACCGCCUAGCGAGUCGUUACAUAUACCCACACCUUCAGAUGUAUUCCUCAACCACUCGAAGCAAAUGGCUCUUGCAGUGGCCAUGGCCUAUGGUCAAUUACUCAACCCGAACAGCCAAAAGAAAGCCAACGAGUCUAGGGCACGCUCCUCCUCUCCUAUAAGCGAUAUAGUAAGAGAACUGAUGUCCGACGAAGAGGUGGACAAAUCCGCGAAACCCGAGGCCCUGUCGAUUUCAUCCAGCGACGAAGAGCAAAAUGUUCUCACCAUUAAAGUAAGCUCGAAUUCCGAGUCCGGUGGCGAUUCCUCAAGCUCGGACUCAGACUCCGAUUCUGAGAACAGCGCCGGCAGCUGUAUAACCCUAGAAUCUGGUAAUAAUAGUGAUAUUGAAAUAAUUGCGUACCAUGAAGAGCCUAAAAGGGCAUCUGAAACUGAACCUGCGUCUGAACCUAAUAAUCUAUCUCAAUCGGAUAACGCAAAUCAACAGGUGGACGAAUGUAUAGCUCUCGCUACAGUGGACCUGACUGAGGAUUAAUUAGGCUAAAGUUUUUAUAAUUAUAAUGAUCGUUUUGCAAGAUCACAAAGAAAUUGUAUAUUUAACAAACAUAACAAUAAUAUGAAUACAGAAACGAAUGGACAUUUUUACCCAACUUGAAAGAACUCACUCGCUGUUCUAAAGGAAAAACAUAUCUAGUUUAUUGUUUUACAAAUUGAGUUAAAUAGUGAAAUUAAAUAUA